ACCACUUCCGCUAAACGUAACACCGCGCCACCGGAGAAAGCAGCCGAUAAACAACCGCGUUUUCUCAACGGAAAGGUUCUUUGUUCGUUCUCAGCCCACAGCACAGCCACCACGAUGGCUGACAAGAUGAGUAUGUCUCUGGACGACAUUAUCAAGCUAAACAAGAAAGGAGGCAGUGGUCGCGGAGGACGGUCGUCUGGCGGGCAGGCUGGAAGUUCAGGUCGGGCUGGUGGACCGUCAAGGCCGAUGCGGAGUCGACAGAACAACUUCAACCGAGAAAGAAACACCAGAUCUGAACCGUACACCAGGCCCCGAGAGUUGCCAGACAAAUGGCAGCAUGACAUGUUUGAGGAGCAUGCUGGUGGGCACAGAGGACAAAGUGCAGUAGCAGAAAGAAGUGUAGAAAACGGCGGCAAGCUGCUGGUUUCUAAUCUGGACUUUGGCGUUUCUGACUUGGAUAUCAAGGAGUUGUUUGCAGAAUUCGGGACGUUGCAGAAAGCAUCUGUACACUACGACCGCUCUGGUCGCAGCAAAGGAACCGCAGAUGUCCAUUUUGAAACAAAGGCCGAAGCACUCAAAGCCAUGAAGCACUAUAACGGUGUCCCACUUGACGGCCGCCCCAUGAAAAUCCAGCAAAUGACUUCCGAAGUCGACAUUGAGAGUAGCCCUUCUACACAAAGUUCAAACAAAGGGUUUGACCGCAGCCGACUUGGACAGCCCAAGUUUGAGAGAAGUGAGCGGGGUGACAGAGGGGACCGGGGUGAAAGGAGGCAGCGCGGCGGCGGUGGCGGCUUCAGAGGUCGUGGAAGAGGAGGCGGAAACAGACCCCAACUUUCGGCAGAGGAGCUGGAUGCCCAGUUGGAUGCGUACAAUGCAAAGAUGGACACCAGUUAGGAGCGCCUAAAGGACGAUACUUCUGACCCCUUUUUGUUUAAUUUUGUUUAAUCUCAAUUGAAUAUGAUCGGACUUAAUUAAACUUGUCACAUUUUUAGAAAAACGUUUUAUUGUAUUCGCCAUUAUAUUUUUUUAAUGUUUCUCUUUUCUGUCAUGCUUUGGGAUUUUUUUUCUUUUAAUAACAAAAACAUGAUUCAGUGGUUGGACAGACAUAAUGUUGAAAUGUUAAUGUGAUGCAGUUCUGUAAUUUGGUUCCGUAUACUUGACAUAUGAACAUCUUUCAAAUGGUUUUGUACAUAAAUAAUUACAUGGA